CUGUUUGAGAAAAAGAAACAAUUAAACUGAAGUGAUUUUAAUUGUUACAAUGAGAAGAUCUUAACUAUGUAUUACUUUAAAAUUCUACUUUGAAUUGUGAUUUCUUCUAUUCUCCUGUUGUUUGGAAAAGAAAAUUGUCUAAUUCCAGCUUAGAAUUUGAUUCUCCAAUACCGACUGGCUUUUCCUUCGGCUUUCACUUUGCUUUUAUUCUCAUUACUUUUUCUCCUCAUCAUUAGAGUUUUUUUCUUGUGUUAAUAGUUAAUUUUUAUUUUGAUUUUCUUUUUUGUAAUUAUAAUUGAUAUUAUUGAUUGGUUUUUACAUCAAAUUCUUUAUUCUUUCAAUUUCACCUGUUAUUCAGUUGUAAUCAUGGUGAAGCUCAUGUUAAAACCCUUAGAUGAUGCCUCCAAAUCGGUUGAGAUACCUAAAGGAAAGACAACCCUUGGUAGAGGACCUUUGCUAAAUUGUGCUGACAAGAAAGUGUCACGAAAUCAUGCUAUUUUGGAAUUCAAAGAAUCGGGAGAACUACUAUUAACCUCUACUCAUGUUAAUCCUUGCUACUUCACUACUGAAUCUGAUGGGCAAUCGAAAGUUUUAAAACAAAACAAGACACAAAAAUUGUCCAACGGUGAUACAUUUAGCCUUCUCCCUAAUGGCUAUAAAUUUCAAGUAGAACUUGGUGACUCUGAAAGUUCCGAUGCACAACCUAAAAAUAAUGAUCACAAAAAUGAUAAAGAGUCGGAAUCUUGUAAUGGUGACAGUGUUAAAAGUGCAGAUCCAAAAACAGCAAACAAUGAUGUCGACACUUCCGAGGUCAAAGUUGACGAUGAGGAUACUAAAGAUACAGAUAUUAAAAAAUCUGAUGAAAAAGUUACUGGUGAUAAGCCAAAAGGUGGUCGUCCAAAAGUUGAUAAUGACAGCGAGGAAGAAGAUGAAAAUGAUAAAGAGGAUGAUGAAGAAGACGAUGACAUAGAGGAAGAACCUAAAGAGAAGAAGACAAGCAAGCCGGCUAAGAAAGAGAAGGAUACUAAAGCAAAAGACACUAAAGUUGCAAAGAAAAAAGCCAAAGAUGACAGUGAAGAGUCCAAAUCAGAGGAUGAGGGAGACGAGGAAGAUGAAGAAGAGGAAGACGAAGAGGACGAAGAAAGCGAGAGAGAAACAAAAAGAGGUCGAGGUAGAGGUGCUGCUCCUAAAGGAAGGCCUCCCAGAAAAGCUGCCCAGGCUCAAAAAUCAUCUAAAACUGUAUCACUUGACGAUUACAUUGUCAGUGAUGACGAUUUCAUGGAUGAUGGUAGUGAAGAAGAAGCUAAACCUAAAAAGAGAGGCAAGAGAAAGAGUGAUGAUUCUGGAAGUGAUUGGGAAAUAGAGCAUAAAGGUGGCAGUGGGGGUGGAGGUGGUGGUCGAGGUUCAAAGCGUAGAUAUGACUCUGAAAGUGAGUCCGGUAGUGAUUGGGAAAAUGAGAAACGUUUUGAUGUUAAAAGAAAAAGAAGGACUCCGGCUAAACAUUCCGCAAAACCAACUCGUCGAUCAAACAGGGUAAAGCCAACUAAAAGGGGUAGAAGAGCUCGUGACGAAGAUUCCGAAGAGGAAGAGGAGGAAGAUGACAAUUUUGAUGAUGAGGAGGUUGACAAAGAUAAAAGAUCACCAUGUAAACAAGGAAAAGGCUGUGGUCGCAGGAAUCCAUCUCAUCUCAAAGAGUUUUCUCACCCUGGAGAUGAUGAUUUUGGAUCAGAUGACGAUGAUUCAAGAGAUGAAAAAGUAGAAAAAUCUCAAAAACAAGAUAAACCUCAACCUAAAUCUCAACCCAAAAAACCCAAGAAAGUUGAAGUUGAUGAUGAAGAUGAAGAAGACGACGAUGACGAGGAAGAUGAAGAACCAGAAAGGAAAAAGCCAAGCCCACCAUCUAAACGAGGUAGACCAGCCGCUAAAGGGCCCGCUGGCAGGCCUAAAAGAGAAGCUACUAAAAAAAGUAAAAAAACCUACGACAGCGACGAUAUCGAUGAAGAUUUCUCAGAGGAAGAAGUAAUGCCCAAAGCCAAGAAAAGAGGAGCAGCUCGUCGAGCAAAAAGUGAAUCAGAAAGCGAUUUCGAAGAAGAUGAUGACCUUGAAGAAUUAAAACGUGAAGCUAAAGGCUUCAUGCGUAAAAAGGCCAAAGCGUAAUCCACAUUCCGCUUUCUGUUUAACAUCUAAAAACAAAAUUCACAAAUGCGCUUAAAACACCCUCAUUGUGGAUUAACUUUUCUAAGGCUUAAUUUCAUGUUCAAUCUUCUCUCCAUUUACACCUCAUCGCUCCUUAAGAUCAGCUGAAAUAUUCCCACUUUUCACAGGAUUAACUGUUCUGGCCGCGAUACCCUCACUUCAUCCCUUAUCCAUUACCGAUCACAUUCACUGACCUUUAUUUGGUUAUAAACAUUUCAAUUACUUCAUAAAACUUUUCGCAGCCAUAUCCAAUUUUUUUUCUUCUUCUUCGUCUCCAUGAGAAAACAGUAACCACACACAAUCUUUAUAUCAUGCAUACACCAAAAGAGAGAAAGUAAACUCUUUUCUAAACAAAAUGAAAGUGAUGUUGUGUAGCAUCAAUGAAAAUAUCUUCUUCUUUUUCAUGAUCAAUCUCGUCAUUACUUUUAAUUUUAUCGAUAUCAUGACAGAAAAAAAGAGAAGUAAACAAUUGUCAAAAGUUAUGCAUUUUAGAAUUGGUAUCAUCAUCACCAUCGUCAUCAUCAUCUUCAUCGUCAUCGUCAUCGUCAUCGUCCUCCUCUCAAACACUUCUAAAAAGCAUUUCUACACUUAAAUAAUUUUCUUUUCUGUUUCCAAAAUUCUCUCUCCUCUCUAAUUGUGAAUGUUCUUGGUCACCAAUGAUCCGUCAAUCAUCUGGGCAAUUGAUUAUUCCCCUUUAAUCCAACCAUUAUCAUGAAUAAUCCUUUUAUAUCCAAUUAAUCAUCUCUCUCUCUCCCCCAAAUCAUAUCUUUAAAUCCAUGUAAUCUCCUUCUUUUAUAAUCAUUGGGAGACUUCUGUUCCUUCCAAGAAGCAGCCUAAUAUCCAGAUGAAUUCCCUUUGAAGUAACAAUCUGUAAGAAGUAAAAUAUUGACAGAAAGAAAAACCAAAAUUAGUUAAUCAUUAACUAA